AUGAUCAUGUUUGAAAAGAACAGAAUCAGGUCAUUAAAGAAGUAUGCGGAACGCAGUAUCGAGUCAAAAAUCAAGGGUGAUAAACUUGUAUUUACGCAAAGCAACUCCGUUUACCGAGAGAAAGUCGGACCUUUGCCUACCGCAGACGAAGUGAUCACAGAUGACGUGGUAAAUACUGCCGUUAGUACAGGGAAGUCCAUAGAAGAUAACGGGAACCGGUUCAUAGCACACGCUACACAGGUCGACUCCUACAAACAGAUCAAGAAAUCGCUGGUGGAUAUCAUGCGUGUCGAGACUGUGCCAAGCGGGAGUCACAAUAUUUACGCCUACCGUUUCUCAAGUUGUGAUGGAGUGGUGCACGAAGGUUCAAAUGACGAUGGCGAGCAUGGAGCCGGUAGGUUGCUAUUAAAAACGCUUGCCGAUAACGAAAUUAACAAUGCACUUGUAGUUGUGUCAAGAUGGCACGGAAAUAACAUCGGACCCCGUCGCUUCUCGCACAUUAAGGAAGCAGGUCUCGGUGCGGCAAAGAAGUUACCAGUCUCAGUUUGAUAUAGCUUUCAAUCUCGCAUAAAAGGUGAAUUCCGACUGUUAUUUGAGUGGACCACUAUCUUGAACCAAUCUUA